AUGACAAACGUUUUUACUGAGGAAAUGUCUCCGUUUAUCAAAAUCUUUCAAGUAAUGGGACUUUAUCCUUCAUCAUUUAUUUUGAAGAUUCAUUCGCUGUUUAAUUUUGGUUUAACGGUUUUCAUCUUCAUCUCAGCAUUCUGCAUAUUUCCGGUGCUUGAAAAUGAUAAUUCACUGUCAUUGCUUGUUGGUGGAUUGGUCUUUGUUGGAAUUCUACUCACUAAUCUCAUUAAUAUCACACAAGCCUUCUUCUCAGUAAAUCAACAGACAGAAAUCUACAGAAAAUUUGAUCAGAUUGAUUUAAUGCUUGCUAAUCAGCUACUUGUUCAUGCUGACUAUAAAAAGAUUCGUCGUCGAUUAAUAAUCAAAUAUACCUUAUUGGCUUUUGUUUUGCUUGCUAUUCAUGUUGUUUCGAUUGUGUCAGUGACAGUUUAUGGCGUAGCUUUUAGCUACUAUGUGCAUUUAAUUGUUCCUGUUGGUGCUACACGUCUCCGCUGCAUUCAAAACAUGUUCUAUGUGGACAUCAUUAACGAAAAAUUAAAAUCGAUGAAUCAAAAGCUUCAUGAUAUGAUUAACCGUAAUCACGAUAAAAUGGCAUUCAUUUUAUUCUCACACAAGCUUCAAAAGUUUGAUGUAAAGGAAAAGAAGAUAAGUUCAUCAUUAUAUGAGCAAAUCAUCACACUGAAACAGAUUUAUGGCAAAAUUUUCGAUGUGUCAAACUUGAUUAACGAUGUUUUUGGAUGGUCUCUUCUUUUUGUUGUGACGCAGUAUUUCAUUGAAUUUACAUCAAAUGGAUAUUGGCUAUUCUUGGCUUUAGAAAAUUUAUUAGAACAGUCAUUCGCCAUUCAGUCGCUAUGCUCAAUAUUCCCGAUUGCUAUUCUGUUGACAACUAUGGCUAAUUCAUGCUUUAACUGCUCGGAAAAUGCGCAACAACUUGGUGUAUUGAUCCACAAGAUUGAAAGAGAUAUCAACAGUGAUUUGCAGAAUGCAUUAAUUCGCGAGUUUUCUUUACAACUGAUUCAUGAGCCAAUAACAAUUACUGCAAACGGAUUUUUCUCCAUUAAUUUCACACUGAUUGGUGGUAUGGCAGCUUCGACUGUGACUUAUUUAGUCAUUUUGAUUCAGUUUCAACUCAGUGAAAUCAAAAAGACAUCAAACUCGACAGCAUCUUAAGAAGAUCAUUACAUGAGCUAGGGUUUUUGGACGAAAAAAUCUACGGAUUUAAUUUUAUUCUAGGACUUUGAAGUAUUUUUCAUAUGCAGUUUGGAAUACAACCAAAGUGUCUGAAAAUUUAUAAAUGUGUGGGGAUUUAAAACCGCAAAAAAAUCAUGUUUUGUAUCAAAAGUCUUUA